AUGACAUUAAUGGAGUUUUUUGGAUGUGCUUUCAUAGCAUUUGGACCUCCUUUUGCAAUGUUUAUAUUUACUAUUGCUAGAGAUCCUUUGAGAAUUAUUGUUCUCAUAGCUAGUGGAUUUUUCUGGUUAUUAUCUUUGUUAUUAUCAUCUAUAUUAUGGUAUGCAGUAGUACCACUAAGGACAUCAUUGGCAUUUGGUUUGGUAUUUUCUGUCAUAUUUCAAGAAUUAUUCCGCUUUCUCUUCUAUAAACUCCUCAGGAAAGCAGAUGAAGGUUUAAAGAAAGUGAGUCAGAAUGUACCUGAUGAGCAUAUUACACCUAAAGAUAUCAACAAUAAACAUAUAAUGGCUUAUGUAUCUGGAUUAGGAUAUGGUAUUUUAAGUGGUGCUUUCUCAAUAGUCAAUGUAUUGGCUGAUAUGGCAGGACCUGGUACUAUUGGUAUUAAAGGAGAUUCCCACUUUUUCUUCUUAACCUCAGCAUUUCUAACUCUAUGUUUUAUCUUACUACAUACUUUCUGGGGAGUGAUAUUUUUCAAUGCUCUAGAUAGAAAGAGAUAUAUAUUUGUAGCUGGAGUAGUGGCUAGUCAUAUGUUAGUUUCUUGUUUGGUGAAAUUCCACACCAAUGAAUCCUACUAUUUGAUAUCUCUAAUAACAGCUUAUGUAGUCAUGAUUGUCAUGGCUUUCUUUGCUUUCAUAACUGCUGGUGGCUCGUUCAAAAACAUUCAUACUGCUUUUACUUGUCGUAAAGGACGUUAUGAAAUGGACUAA